AUAGGCCUGCAUUGUCCAAAAAUGGUGAAGUUCUCAAAGCAGUUUGAGGGGCAGUUGGUUCCUGAAUGGAAAGAAGCCUUUGUGGAUUACUGGCAUCUAAAGAAGGCUGUCAAGAAAAUACAAAUUUUCUAUAACCAAAACACCAACAGCAAGAAACACAACACUUCCUUUUCUAAUCUCAUCAUAUCUUCUUUGAGAAGGCAUACUUUUCUUGACAGCAAGCAGAGAGAGCCAAGGGUCAUUCAAGUACACCGCAAGCUUGCAGGCUCGGCUAGUAAGACAGACGUGUACGAGACUGAGCUGCUGGAGCAGGUUGCUGACACGGAUGCUGCAGUCGACUUCUUUGCUUGUUUGGAUCUCCAACUCAACAAAGUGAACCAGUUUUACAGAGCAAAGGAGAAGGAGUUUCUCGAGAGGGGUGAGUCGUUGUUGAAGCAAAUGGAGAUUCUCACUGAGCUUAAGGCCGCUGUGAAGAAGCACCAACGGGCUAAAGGGCCUUCCGCUCAGGACUUGAAGGAGGAGGAGUCAAUUUCAGGCACUAUAUCAUGUGAUGAUGAGUGCAUGAAGUAUGCUGCAACUACCGAGCCGGGGUUGGAGAAUAUAACCGGUGAGUUUGACAAAGAUGAUGUGAAAUCUUCUGAAUCUCCCAAGUCUGGUGAACUUGAAAGAUCAAUGAGAAUGAAGCAAGGGGACGGGAAACUCAAGUCCGUCUCCAACUGCGUGAUCAACUGCCAAGGGAAGAACUUGAGAAUCUGCAUUCCUGUUACGAAUCCAGCCCGUACAUUCUCAGCUAUCAGCUACUUGUUGUGGGAUGAUUUGGUGAACCAGUCGUCAAAGAAAAGUGGUCCGGAGAGAAACAAGCUGCAUAUCAACAAGAAAAAGCUUCAUCAUGCAGAAAAGAUGAUUAGGGGCGCCUUCGUUGAGCUCUACAAAGGAUUAGGCUACCUCAAAACUUAUAGGAACUUGAACAUGCUAGCAUUUGUGAAGAUUUUGAAGAAAUUCGACAAAGUGACAAACAAACAAGUCCUUCCCAUUUACUUAAGAGUGGUGGAGGGCUCCUUCUUCAACAGUUCAGACAAGGCACUGAAAUUAGCAGAUGAGGUUGAGGAGCUUUUUGUCAAGCAUUUUGCUGAAGAGGAUAAAAGGAAGGCCAUGAAAUAUCUUAGGCCGACUCAGCGUACAGAAUCGCACACUGUCACGUUUUUUAUUGGAUUGUUCGCUGGGGGCUUCGUAGCACUCUUUGUAGGAUAUGUUAUCAUGGCUCAUAUUACAGGAAUGUAUAGAUCUAAGUCAGACACGGUGUACAUGGAAACAGUCUAUCCCGUGCUCAGCAUAUUCGGUAUGCUGUUUCUGCACCUCUUCCUGUUCGGAUGCAACAUUUUUGUAUGGAGAAAGACGCGUAUAAACUACAGCUUCAUCUUCGAACUCUGCCCCACAAAGGAGCUCAAGUACAGAGAUGUGUUCCUGAUUUGCACCUCAUCGAUGGCCGCUGUAGUUGGAGUCUUGUUUGUCCAUUUAUCACUCGUGGCAAAGGGAUACUCCUACGCUCAAGUCCAAGCCAUCCCCGGCCUUCUCCUGCUGGCUUUCAUUAUAGUCCUGAUCUGUCCGUUCAACGUGAUAUACAAGUCAAGUCGCUACCGUUUGCUCUCUGUGAUAAGAAACAUCGCGUUAUCGCCUCUUUAUAAGGUCUUGAUGCUAGAUUUCUUCAUGGCUGAUCAACUUUGUAGCCAGGUCCCGACACUCAGAAACAUUGAGUACAUAGCAUGUUACUACAUAACCGGGAGCUACAAAACUCAAGACUACAACUACUGCACUAGCACAACAUACUACAAAGACUUGGCUUAUGCAGUUUCUUUCCUGCCUUAUUACUGUAGAGCCCUGCAGUGUGCCCGACGUUGGUUUGAUGAGGGGCACAAGAGCCAUCUUGUCAACCUAGGCAAAUAUGUGUCUGCAAUGCUGGCUGCAGGAGCCAAAAUGGCGUACGAGAAGGAGAAGACAGCCGGAUGGCUCUGCCUCGUUGUGAUCAUGUCCAGCGCUGCAACCGUGUAUCAGCUGUACUGGGACUUUGUCAAGGACUGGGGCCUCCUCCAGUUCAACUCCAAGAAUCCGUGGCUGAGAGAUGAGCUCGUGCUUCGCCACAAGUUCAUUUACUAUUUCUCUUUGGGGUUGAACCUAGUGCUCAGGCUAGCUUGGCUGCAGACUGUUUUUCACUACAACUUUGAAAAGGUUGAUUACAGAGUUACCAUGUUGUUCUUAGCAGCACUUGAAGUUGUAAGAAGAGGGCAAUGGAACUUUUACAGGUUGGAGAAUGAGCAUCUGAAUAAUGCAGGCAAAUUUAGAGCUGUGAAGAUAGUGCCACUGCCUUUUCAUGAGGUGGAUGAUCAAGAUUGAGGUAGAAGAAAUUAUGGUAGAUACAAUGAUAGUGCCCUUUUGUACAAGUUGAUGCUGAAGCAGUCAACAUUUUUUCUAUACAAAUAAAUACUGUACAUACUUGUGUAUAUAUAAAAAAAGUACUUCCCAUUGAUCAUUA